GGCUUUAGCCAUGGGGAGGGCUUACAUCUUUCAUCGUUGGAAUCAGUUGGAACUAGUAAUCAUAACAGUUGGACUCAUAGAUAUCAUGAUUAUUAAUAUCUUUAAGCCACUUCACCCAACAUACCAUAUGAUUAAGACUAUCAGGGUUUUCCGAGUCAUUCGCCUUAUUAGAGUUCUGCCUCUUUUGAAGCUUGUGAUAUCAAGACUGAUAAACCUAUUGGAAAAACAAAUAAACAAACAGCUAACCUUUAGAUAUGAUAUUGUUAAGGGAUAUGUGCAAGGUGAAGAAGAUACAGAAUAUUUAAUUGAACAGAUUUCUGGUCAUGAGACAAUUUCUAAGGAAAUAAGUAAAAUUAUGGAAAAGAAUAAACAAGACGCUGUGAAAGAGCUAGGUUUAAUGCAGAGUCAUUAUCCAGAUAUUGUUACUGCUGUGAAAACCAAACAGAAAGUCCAUACUGUGCUAAACACAGCUACAGAAACUCUUAAAGAAUUAAUAUCAAGUGGAAUCGUGGAUAAAAAUGAAGGAGCAAAAUUACAAAAGAUGAUUCUGCAAAAAAAGAAAAACGUUGGCACUCUUCCAUCUACUGUUGCAUCACCUACUGCAGAGGGGCUUUUACACAGUAUCAGUUGGUUAGAAAAUGAAAAGAACCAAAUUGAGUUCAUGCAGAAAAAAGCAAAGCUCCUUUGUUAUGACGAUGAAGACGUUAUAUGUGAGGAACGUGAAAUGCCACAAGGAAUCCACCUAAUUAUUUCCGGAAUGACAAAGGUAAGUUAUGUUUACUGCUCAAAAUGUAUUGUGAAAUUUCCUGUCGGUAGUCUCAAGGGAAAUAAAAUGCUGGAGUUAUCCUUUUAA